AUGGAGACAUCUUCAGGUUCUUCUCCAAGGAACUGCCUUUUGGCUGCUAAUGGUGGUUCUUUACAAGGAAUUCAAGAAACCAGGAUUAAUGGGUUGCCACAGUAUCAGGCCUGGUUUGCGAAUUCGACUCUAGUUCCACCGCCACUGUUUCCUGGAACUAUCUGGGGAUCAAACAGAUUGGGCGAUGGAUGGGAUUUUCAAGGUUCAAGAUUGCAGUCCGGGGCAAAGAGUUUUGUUCCGAAUUUAAACUACUCUCCGAGUGGUUCUGUCGUCGAUGAGGGAGCAAGUAUUGUUGGUUCUAACACAGGACCAAGUGAUUACAGUGUGGUGAAGAAUCAAGAAAAGCUUAACAACGUAAGGAACUUCAUUUGUCUGCUUCAAGGAGAUAGAUUUGUCAACUAUUGUUUAGACAAAGAUGGUUCAAAAACACUUCAUGGUUUAUUGAGUUUGAGGGACCCAGAGAUUACAUGUCAGAUAUGCAAGAAAGUUUUGGACUUGUCAUCAAGAGGAAACCCCGUUUUUUUCGAGCUGAUGCUUAAUCAACAUGGAUGGCAUGUCUUUUCUGAGCUAAUUGAUUCCUUGAAUCAUCAACAGUUGAAAUUGAUUACAUAUGAGAUAACCAAGGACUUGUCCAUUUUUAUUGCAUUGACAUUCCACACACACGGUUCGAACUUGAUAAAGAAGGUCAUUAGAAUACUCAGGAGAUCACAUUUGAUUUCGUCCGUGACCAACAAUCUGUGUGCUGCGUUUCUUCUGAUCAUGACCAAUCGGAUAGGUUCGUAUGUUGUAUCGGAGUGCUUAAACCACCUGAGAGCUGAAGAUAACAAGGCAUUAUAUGAAGCAGCGAUUACAUGGUGUCUUGAUUUAGCAAUAGACCAUGAAGGAUCCAUAGCCUUAAUCAGGGUCAUUAACACCAUCCAAGGUCUGCAAAGAUAUCGGCUCCUGAAUAUCCUAUCUAGAAAUGCAGUAUUCCUGUCGCAGGAUCCGGAAGGGAACUAUGUGAUUCAGAAGGUCAUAUCAAUCAAUAAUCCUUUAUUCACCCAAAAUGUAUGUCAUCUCCUUAUAGGCCAUUAUGAAACCAUAUCCUUGCAGAAAGGAGGCAGUCAUAUUGUCGAAAAAUGCUUGGAUACAGAGUGGAAGGGUUGGAUAAUUGAGAAUUUUCUAAGCAACACCAACACACUAUUGCAUGUUGCUAAAGAUGAAUUUGGUAAUUAUGUGAUCCAGAAAGCACUGAAAGUCACCAAGAAAUCAGGCAGUCCACUCUACCACAAACUUUUGUCGCGCCUGAAGCCACAUCUUAGCAUUCUGCAGUCUGGAUACGGAAGGAAUGUCUUCAAUUUGAUCACCGGUGGACAGUCAGUUAAGAAGGUGUAG